UUAAAACAAGGUCUUUAACAACAAGAAUUUUUAAAUGAUACAUAACUGAAAAGAUAUUCCUAAUUUUUAGUCAUGUUAGAGAUUUUUAAGUUAGAGAUUAAGGUAAAAAACAUAAUGUUUUUUAAGUUUCCAAUAAGAUUUCCACUGUUCCCUGCAAAAUUUGUAUGCUUUAUGGCUGAGCAAGACCCAGAAGAUGGGGCUGACUACUCAUAGUUCUGCGGCAGAUGGCGUCGCCCGUGCGGUACGCCCGUGAUCUGCCUUCAGCCACCGGGCAGCAUCAGUCAGAAAGAUGACAUCGCCGCCAACGCUGUCGGUAAAUCGGACGGCGGUGCAAUGGAGUCCCGUCUGUGGACGUUACCUGGUGGCCAGGGGAGCAGCCGUAGGUCACGGUCUACUGAUUGAGGAACUGCCGUUCGCCGUGGGACCCAAAUGCAAUGGACCGGUGGUGUGUCUGGGAUGCUAUCAGUUCGAUGCCGAUACGGAGGAGGAAUACUGCAGCGAAUGUGGGUGGCCACUGUGCUCUGAAUGCGCCCAGGACGAGGGGAACCAUCACUUCCGGGCGGAGUGCCGGGUUCUGCAGGACGCCCGGGCUAGAUUCUUUCCGCUGCCCAAGGGCAGUAGCCACUGUCCCCAGCUGGACUGCAUUUUGCCAUUGAGAGUACUGUUGGCUAAGGAGACAGAUCCUGAGAGAUGGGACAGCCAAGUGGAACCCAUGGAGCACCACGAAGAGGAGCGGAAAGAGGAUGCUGAUGUCUGGCAUGCGGAUCGAGUAAAUAUUGCUCAGUAUCUUCGUGGACCCUGCAAACUAUCAUCCCGAUUCAGUGAGGAACUAAUCAUGCAGGUCGUGGGGAUCCUAGAAGUCAACGCCUUUGAAGCAAGGACCACCAGAGGAUUUCCUCUGAGGUGUCUCUACCCGUACACCGGUAUUCUGGCUCACAAUUGUGUUCCCAACACCGCUCGAAGCAUCUAUCCCAGUGAAGGUUACAAAAUCCGCCUGAGGGCAAUGGUGGACCUGAAGGAUGGACAGCCCCUGCACCACAGCUAUACUUACACCCUGGACGGAACAGCUCAGAGACAGCGGCAUCUUAAGCAGGGAAAGUAUUUCAGCUGCACAUGCGAACGCUGCCAGGAUCCCACUGAACUGGGCACCCACUUUUCCAGCCUAAAAUGUGGACAGUGUACAGAGGGCUACCAGGUGCCCAGGCAGCCAACAGAUUCAGAUUCCAGUUGGAACUGCAACAACUGCGGAGCAAGCAGCAGCCAAGCAGAAGUGGAAACACUCCUCCAAUCUCUUCAGUCCGAGGUAAAUAAAGUACAGGGCCUGGAAAUGGGAGCAAAGCGACUGGAGGAGGCCGAGCGACUGCUGCGAAAGUACAAAUCCUUGCUGCAUCCGCUGCACUUCAUCGCAACGGGACUGAGGCAGCUGCUCAUCGAGAUGUACGGUCGGGUGCAGGGCUAUGAGAUGGUCCAGCUGCCGGAACAUCAACUGGAACGAAAGGUGGAGCUUUGCCGUCAGGUGCUGGGUGUCCUGAAUGUCUUUGAACCGGGCCUAAGUCGCACCAGAGCCAUGAACCUUUACGAGAUGCACGUGCCUCUGGUCCUCCUGGCGAAAAAUGGUUUCAUUGCCAGCCGACUGAGCGGUGGAGAGUUGCGCACCCGCCUUGUCGAUGCCAUCGAUUUGUUAAAGGAGUGCGUGGAGAUCCUGGAGUGCGAGGACAAGAGUUCCCAAGAGGGUGUCCUGUGCGGAGUGGCCGCUCAGGCGUUAAAGCAACUUCUACUUAGCGUCGAAGGACUGGGAAGCGAACUCAAUUAAUUACUUAUCAUAUCGGUUAGCUUUAUUUAAACUGAUCAGGAGGCAAUCUCUGGUGUUACAUUGAAAAGUGUCUAGUGCUGGUUCUAAAAAAUAAAACUCUACAACUUAAAAGUGACUACAAAUAUUAUAGACUAUUACUGCA